AUGGCCGAUCUGCAGGGCCGCAAGGUCUUCAAGGUCUUCAACCAAGACUUCAUCGUCGACGAGCGCUAUACCGUGACCAAGGAGCUUGGCCAGGGCGCGUACGGUAUUGUGUGCGCCGCCGUCAACAACCAGACGAACGAAGGCGUGGCCAUCAAGAAGGUCACCAAUGUCUUUAGCAAGAAGAUUCUCGCGAAGCGCGCGCUGCGCGAGAUCAAGCUGCUGCAGCACUUCCGCGGCCACCGCAACAUCACCUGUCUAUACGACAUGGACAUUCCGCGGCCAAACAACUUCAAUGAGACCUAUCUCUACGAGGCGACGCGCGUGCUCGUGCUCGUGCUAACAAGCACAGAACUCAUGGAGUGCGACCUGGCGGCCAUUAUCCGCUCCGGCCAACCUCUCACCGACGCCCAUUUCCAGUCUUUCAUCUACCAGAUCCUGUGCGGCCUGAAAUACAUCCACUCUGCCAAUGUCCUGCACCGCGACCUCAAGCCCGGCAACCUGCUCGUCAACGCCGACUGCGAGCUCAAGAUUUGCGAUUUCGGUCUUGCGCGCGGCUUUUCCGUCGAUCCGGAGGAGAACGCCGGUUACAUGACCGAGUACGUCGCCACCCGCUGGUACCGCGCCCCGGAAAUCAUGCUCAGCUUCCAGAGCUACACAAAGGCCAUUGACGUCUGGUCCGUCGGCUGUAUUCUGGCCGAGCUGCUGGGCUCCCGCCCCUUCUUCAAGGGCCGCGACUACGUCGACCAGCUCAACCAGAUCCUCCAGAUCCUCGGCACGCCCAACGAGGUCACCCUCUCCCGCAUCGGCUCCUCCCGCGCCCAGGAGUACGUUCGCAACUUGCCCUUCAUGCCCAAGCGACCCUUCCCCAUCCUGUUCCCCAACGCCAACCCGGACGCCCUCGAUCUGCUCGACCGCAUGCUCGCGUUCGACCCCAGCAGCCGCAUUUCCGUCGAGGAGGCCCUGGAGCACCACUACCUUCAGAUCUGGCACGACGCCAGCGACGAGCCCGACUGCCCCACCACCUUCAACUUUGACUUUGAGGUCGUCGAGGAGGUCGACGACAUGCGCCGCAUGAUCCUCGACGAGGUCUACCGCUUCCGCCAGCUCGUGCGCACCGUGCCCGGCACCGCGGGCCACGCCGCUGCCCAGGCUGCCGCCCAGCAGCAGACCAGCCAGGUGCCCAUGCCGUCGGGUGGCGGGCAGUGGACUGCCGAGGAUCCGCGUCCCCAGGAGUACGUGACACACCCGGCGGGUCUGGAGCAGGAGCUGGCGGGAGGUCUCGACGCGCGUCGGUAG